UCAAACAGCGAAAUUGAAAGCUGGUUUUGUUUUUCAUCGUAUUUUACACCGUUUUCUUUACGAAAUACGUAUUUGUCAUUUCGAAGAAACCACGGGCAAUGGAUCCAUUUGACUACCUCUUGGAUGUAGAGAACAAUCGACUACUCAGCUCGCUGUUGGACUUUGAGAAUACUCCGCCGCUAAAGUCUGGUUCACAAGAAUCCAAACAUUGUAGUGUCACUGAUGAUGAUAGUGAGCCGACAUUUUACCAGGGUCAGAACCUUGUUGACACAACCUUAUUGGACACUUCUGCAUUAAAGGAGUCCAUUUUGAAACAAGCACACGAGAGAACUGGCAGAGCAAGGGAGCCAGUAAAGCAGACAACCUCAGCGACCAAAGGUGACCUUCAAGACACCGGUGAAGUCACCGCGUAAGAGGAAGCCUGCUGCUGCUGCUGCUGCUGAGGGGAAGGAGGCUGCGGUGUGCAGCGGGGACGGCGUCUGCUACAAGCAGAAUCUUUCUGCUAUCCGCUGGUUGGACGAGCAGGAGCAGUGGGCAGAGCGGACGAGCGUCGUCACGCGACACGAACACCAGGAGUACGAGCUCAUCGCCCGGCAGAUCGUCGACGACCUCAUCGA